AUGGGGUGGAUUUGCUCUGUGGGAAACGACAACUUCCUCCCUGUGUCUGUGAACCAACAGCAGCUUGGCUCGGGUUUGUCACGCACGGGCUUCACUCCAUCACCGCGGCAACAGCAGCAGCAGCCCCAGCGCUUGGCACCAGACGGGAAAGUGUUUUCUUUUUCAAUGAAGUCAAGGGCCCAGUACGGGGAAAGCAGUUUGGUGCUGCUAGGACUUUUAACGCUAGCCUUCUCUCUGGGCAACCUCUCUACCAGAGGACAGGAAGAGGGUGUUGCCUCCAAUAGUCUGGAAGAAGGACUGGAGGUGAUCACAUACUGGUGGGGAGAAUGGGCCAAGUGGACAGCCUGCACUCGCACCUGUGGGGGGGGGGUCAUGUCUCAGGAGAGACACUGUCUCAAGCAAAGAAAGAAAGCAAUAGCUGGUAAGAACAACAUGACCUGCACAGGCAAUGCGAAAAAAUACCACCUCUGCAAUACAAAGGAGUGUCCUUCUUCUGGGAGGAGUUUCAGAGAGGAACAGUGUUGGUCCUUUAACUCUCAGGUGUACAAUGGGAAAAACUACCACUGGAAGCCCUUAUACCCAGAUGAUUACGUUCACAUCUCUAGCAAUCCCUGCGACCUUCACUGCACUACGUCAGAUGGUCAGAGACAGCUGAUGGUUCCUGCUCGUGAUGGGACAUCCUGCAAGUACAGCAAUUACAGAGGAGUUUGUGUAGAUGGAAAAUGUGAGCCAAUAGGAUGUGAUGGGGUACUCUUCUCUCCGAACACAUUGGAUAAGUGUGGAGUGUGCCAGGGCAACGGGAGCAGCUGCAGCAGAGUAACCGGAAAUUUCCGCCGUGCUGCCACCAGCCUAGGUUAUUCCUUCAUUACACAAAUCCCUGAGGGAUCCUGGGACAUCCAGAUUAUCGAGAGGAAAAAGUCAGCUGAUGUCCUGGCUGUGACUGACCAGGCAGGGAAUUUUUUCUUCAAUGGUGCCUACAAAGUUGAUAUGCCCCAGAACUUCCAUGCAGCAGGGACUAUUUUCAAGUAUCGGCGGCCCACAGAUGUUUAUGAGACUGGGAUUGAGUACAUUGUGGCUAAGGGGCCCAUUGACCAGCCAAUCAAUAUUCUGGUGUGGAACCAAAACGGCCGGAACCCUUACAUCACUUAUGAGUAUACAGUUCUCCGCAACCCCCUGUCUUCAGACUCUCAGCCCCCAGUGUACACUGGCACAGAUGGAGGUCAGAUCUCCAUGGAAAUUGGGAGCAUGUUGGCCCCUAACAGGAGUGUGGGUGAUGGAGGUAUAAUUGAAGCAGAGACGGUUCCAGAUUUACAAGAUGGCUCUGAGCUGGAGGAGACUAGGGGAAAGAAACCUGGCCAGGAGACCAAUGAGGUUUAUAUGGGGAGAGCCACUACAACUUGUGAAAAGGACACACCUCAGCCUUCAGAGGGAAAUAGCAGCUUACCCUGUAAAGUGGCAGACACUGGCAUGGGAAAAGCUGACAAGCCUGCAGAUGAAACUGUGAACUCUGAGAACCUCAUCUGGAGAAUGCUGCUGGGGGAGCGUGUAGGCUCAGAGGACCUGCAUGUCAACAUAUCAACCAAUCAGCUUCUCACACAGGGAGAGGAUAUAUUCUCAACUGAAGUAGGGCCAAUUGAGUUAGACUAUAGUAGUUCAGAGCAAAGGAUUCUCAAUGGCUCUGUGCUUGAAUUUACCCUCAGCCGACGUCGUAAUGACACAGGAGACCUUCUCUUCCAAAACAGGAGCCUCAUCCACAGUUUCAGGAAUAACAAUCGGACCAAUCGAACCCGGAAUCAUCAGAAGUUUUUGCAGAAGAAUUUCAAAUUGAGUGCAGCUGACAUGUAUCGCUGGAAACUGUCCUCUCAAGAGCCCUGCAGCAUGACAUGCUCAAUUGGUGUGUCGAGGUCCUUUGCUAUGUGUGUACGUUACGAUGGCGUGGAAGUGGACGACUCGCAUUGCGACGCUCUAACUCGUCCUGAGCCUGUUCAUGAUUUCUGUAUAGGGAGAGAAUGUCAGCCAAGGUGGGAGGCAAGCAGCUGGAGUGAGUGCUCUCGAACCUGUGGAGAGGGAUUCCAGUUCCGGGUGGUGCGCUGCUGGAAGAUGCUCUCUCCUGGCCUUGACAGCUCAGUUUACAGUGACCUCUGCACUUUAGCUGAGCUGGAACGUCCUCCGGAGCGCCGGGCUUGCAAGAGUCCAACUUGUGGACCACAGUGGGAGGUGGCAGAAUGGGGAGAGUGUCCAGCAAAGUGCGGACGCAAGGCUCUGGUCAGUCGGGAUGUCAGGUGUUCAGAUGAGACCAGGCCAUGUGAUGAGGCAACUCGCCCCCCCUCAGCCAAAAACUGCACUGGUCCACCAUGUGAGCGUCAGUGGACUGUGUCCGAGUGGGGACCGUGUUCAGGGUCCUGUGGACAAGGGAAGAUGAUUCGGCACGUCUACUGCAAGACCCCUGAAGGUCGGGUAGUGCCUGAAUCUCAGUGCUCUCCCGACAAUAAGCCCUUGGCCAUUCAUCCCUGUGGAGAAAAGGACUGCCCUCCACACUGGCUGUCGCAAGACUGGGAGCGGUGCAACACAACAUGUGGACGUGGUGUUAAAAGGAGGAUUGUGCUUUGUGCUGGAAUUACGGGUGGAAAGUUUCAAGUCCAUGAGGAUGAGGAAUGUGAUAUGAGCCAAAAACCAGUGGAGGAAGACACUUGCUUUGAGAGACCAUGUUUCAAGUGGUACACAACACCUUGGUCAGAGUGUACUAAAACAUGUGGUGUUGGUGUAAGAAUGAGGGAUGUCAAGUGUUACCAAGGAAGGGAGAUUGUGCGAGGUUGUGACCCUCUGACUAAGCCUGUGGCCAAACAGACUUGUGCCUUGGAGCCCUGUCCCACUGAGCCACCAGAUGAAAACUGCCAGGACUGGACCACUACCAACUGUUCUCUGGCACUGAAAGUGAACCUCUGCAGCCACUGGUUUUACAGUAAGGCCUGCUGCCAUUCCUGCCGGUCUCUACGCUCAUCUUAG